AACGAUAGGAUUUUGAGUAGUAGGAAGAUGUAAAAAACUAAGAAACAAAACUCCCCAUAAAAACCACAAAAGCUAAAUGACCAGACGAAAUACCACCACCACUACCGACUCUCUCCUCCACUCCAUCGCCACCGUCGUCGAUAUCGCCACUGCAAUCGUCAAAGCUUCUAUCCGUCCAGUAAAUGCCGUUGCGGCCGUCCAUCAGCCGCAUCUUUAUCAUCACCAUCAUCCAAAUGUCCCUCUCUCACUCUCACUCAACUCCCUUGAACAGUUCCUCUGUCUCCGCUGCUAGUUUGUCUUGCGGUGAGGACGCCGGUGAAGUGGUAACCUGGGAGCCCGAACCGUUUUCCGGCCACCAUGACAAGUAUUAUCCCAAUCCCGAUGAGAAUGCCAUUUCAAGACUCAUCGACUCGGAAUCCCAUCAUAUGCCUUUACCCGAUUAUCUCCGCCGUUGCCAGGACCGUUCCGUCGACGUUAUAUCCCGUCAAGACUCCAUUAAUUGGAUGCUAAAGGUGCAUGCACACUAUCAUUUCAGUCCAGUAACGGCGUUCCUCUCCGUCAACUACUUCGAUCGUUACCUCUCUUCUUACUCACUUCCGCAAGCAAAUGGGUGGCCGUUUCAGCUUCUAUCAGUGGCGUGUUUAUCAUUGGCAGCGAAAAUGGAAGAACCCCAAGUGCCAUUGUUACUGGACCUUCAAGUAUUCGAACCCAGAUUCGUUUUCGAACCUAAAACCAUCCAAAGAAUGGAGCUUCGUGUAAUGGCUGCUCUUAAUUGGAGAUUAUGUUCGGUAACUCCCUUUGAUUAUCUCCAUUACUUCAUCUCUAAGCUCCCUUCUUGCUCGACCCGAUUAUCCGAUUCGUUUUCUUCUAUUAUCGCUGCUUCUUCGGAUCUCAUUCUCAACACCACCCGUGUAAUUGAUUUCCUCCGAUUUGCGCCGUCGACGAUGGCAGCCGCCGCCUUGCUUUGUGCUACCGGAGACAGUUUGGAAUGUCCGGCUCGUGACGUUUUUUUUCACGAGAGUGUAAACAGAGAAAUGGUGAGAAGCUGUCACCAACUAAUGGAGGAAUACCUCGUCGACACAUGUCCAUCUGCUCGAUUCAAGGAGUUAAGAGUCGAGCAGCCGUCAACCGCGCCACCAAGCCCAGUCGGCGUGCUCGACGCGGCCGCUUGCGGCAGUUGUGACACGCGCUCCGAAAUUCCCGGCUCUAGCAGCAGCCAAGAAGAGCCGCCACCCAAGCGAUUUCGGUCCUCUGAUCCGGAUGUACAGCAACCGUAGAUAAACCCCCCUCUCCCCCUUUCCCUCCAUCUUAAUGAAAAUGGGGACCCACUUUCUUUUUGGUCAUUUUUUUCAUGUUAUUUAUAAUUUAUAUGAUGAACGGUGGGGAUAUGAUGGUAGAAAAGAGGAGGGAAUUUUGUUAUUUAUAAUAAUUAAUGAAUAUUGUUAAGGGCCUUUUAGUCAAA